UCAGAUAAAAGAGAUUGAAACUGAGGCUCCGUCUUUCAGCAAACGCUGUGGGAAUCGGUGAUGUCUUCCUUUCGAUCUGUUUCAAACACUUCUGUCAUCAUUCACCCUCCAGGCUUCUACAUUGUUGGAUUUGAGUCAUUUCCCUUCAUAUCUGUGUAUUUCAUCUUCCUGGCAUUUGUUUAUGUGUUUUCAGUGAUGUUUAACUGUUUGCUGAUUUAUACAAUUGCUGUGAAUCACAGUUUGCACACUCCAAAAUUUCUGGCCGUCACCAACCUGGCAGUGAUAGAUUUAGUCUUUAACUCCUGCACCAUUCCUGGCAUGAUAAAGAUUUUUCUCAUCAAAGAUAAUUUUAUUCCGUUUAACCUGUGUCUUGUUCAGAUGUUUGUAUAUUAUGUAUUUGUAGGUCUGGAGUCUUAUGCACUCACUAUACUGGCCUAUGACAGGCUGAUUGCUAUAUGUUUCCCUUUCAUGCAGAACUCAAUCAACACAGUGCGCAGCAUGAGCUGUAUUAUCAUUGUUACUUGGUGUUUUAAUGUGGGAAUGAUAACGUUUGCAAUAAGCUCAAUGACCCGACUAUCUUUUUGCAACUCUGUCAGGGUGUUCAGUUAUUUUUGUGACUAUGCGCCUGUGUUUCGACUUGCCUGUAAUGAUAACUCACUGCAGUGGGCUGCAGCUUCAUCCCUCUCUGUUCUGAACCUGGGAGCACCUUUCAUUUUCAUCCUGCUCUCCUAUGUGAGCAUCCUGGUGACUGUGUUCAAGAUGAAAUCUGUGGACCGACGAGUGAAAACGUUGGCCACAUGUGUUGAACAUAUUAUUAUUGUUGCUAUAUUCUAUAUUCCUCUUCUUGUUAUUUUCUGCAUUGGGUUUUUUUCAAGGGUAGUUGACCCAGAGAAGAGAGUUUUGAGUUUGUCGUUGGCAUCUUGCUUGCCUCCUUGCAUUAAUCCUAUUGUCUAUUCUCUGAAAACUAAAGAGAUUAAAAUCAGAAUACAAGUUUUGUUUAGAAAAACCAAAGUUAAUACAAAAUUCUAAUAACAAUCCUUGCUGACUUUCCAGUGAUAAAGUGGAAGGUGUGAUCAAACCCAGAAUUUAAAAAAAUCAUUUAAUUUUUGUUCAUUUCACUAAUGAAAAUUUAUGGUACAUUUUAUUUUGUACAUAUACUGUUACAAUUAAUAACUUCUGACUUAGUUGUUUGUCUUUAUUUACUUCUAAUUUGGGAACAUGUGAUAUAAAUCUUUUUGUAUAGCCAAAUGUUUUUUGUUAUUUCCACAGAUUUCAAGAGAUUUUUUCAAACCUGGAUUGAUAAAUUUUUUUUCCUAAGCCCAUUUUAGAUAUUUAUGAUUACAUCUAUUAUCUGUAACUAUUAAUCACCUUGAAUCUAGACUAGUCACAUGUCUAAACGUAUGUAAAAAUAUGCGUGUUAGUUAUGGAAAUUUUCUCAGUUUGCUUGUUUUUUGUGUCAGCAAUUGGGCAACAAUUGUUUCUAUUUUUUCUUUCUAAGUUCUGAUUAAAGAACUUAGAAAGAAAAAAUAGAAAAAUAACUGGGUUAAAUGAUCUUUCAUAGCAAUAAAUAAAGAAUCAAAUAAAUAUAUCCAACUCCUUGUAUCACUAAAAUGAAAAUGAAAAUUGGCCUUUUA